GCCGUGACGCUGCCCGCCGAAACAGUCCCCCAUCACUCGAUAACAGACAGUCAAGAUGGUUGCCGCCAAGAAGCACGUCCCUAUCGUCAAGAAGCGCUCUAAGGGCUUCAUGCGCCACCAGAGUGAUCGCUUUAUGCGUGUGGACUCGGCAUGGCGCAAGCCCAAGGGUAUCGAUAACCGCGUCCGCCGUCGCUUCAGGGGCACUCUUGCUAUGCCCUCGAUCGGCUAUGGCUCCAACAAGAAGACCCGCCACAUGAUGCCCUCCGGCCACAAGGCUUUCCUCGUCAGCAACGUCAAGGAUGUCGAGCUCCUCCUCAUGCACAACAAGACCUACGCUGCUGAGAUCGCCCACAACGUCUCUUCCCGCAAGCGCAUCGAGAUCAUCGCUCGCGCUAAGCAGCUCUCCGUCAAGGUCACCAACGCCAAGGCCAAGGUUACCACCGAGGUCUAAAUCUUCCUGUCUUCAUCGUCAUAAGGGGGCACUUUUUUCGUCAUGUGUGAUUCUGGGAGCAUCUCAAGGCGGUCUCAACGGGAAAUGGGUUCUGCUUUCUUUGGUCAGCGGGUUUUCUGCUAGCAACCAAUCCAGGCUAGUGAAAAUACAAACGCGGCUUGCUUGUCAAGGCACACACUACGAAGACCAAGCAUCUACUACCACUGGACAUACACAUACAGACAACGGACGGGAACGGCGUUGUGAUGAGGAAGGCCAAGACGUUGGCCUCUCAUCGUAUUUGUUGUCUCUGAGAUAUGGGACAGCACUGCACGGACAGAAGAUAUGAAAUGAUACCAGACCAAUUUGACGUCAGGCA